AUGGCUACAGCUCCUGAUACUACACUCGGCAAACAAUUGGAAGACCUUUUGAUAUGCUCGAUUUGCAAAGAGACUUUGACAGAACCUAGAACACUAGGUUGCUAUCAUUCGUUCUGUAAAGAAUGUCUGGCAAAACAUGUCAAAAGUCAACGAGAAGAAGCCGGCGAGGAUUAUGAACAUCCGUUCAACUGUCCGUUGUGCAGGACACAGUUUCAAGGGGAAAGCGUUGAGCAACUUCCGGCAAAUUUUUUCAUCAAUAAUCUACUUGAAAUGCUAAGUAUACAGGAACGAACGUUACAGCUACAUUGUGAAUUUUGCAGCGGUCAAGUUCCUACCGUUUGCAGAUGUAUCGAUUGUGAAAGUUAUCUUUGCAAGAACUGCUUGACAGGACACAACAAAUGGCUCGAUGGCCACGUUGUGUUGACUUUGGAGGAAUUGGCAAAACCUGAAAACCACGCGAAAGCGAAAGCAAAAUCGCGGUGUCGCAAAGAUGGCCAUGCGAAUAAACCGCUUGAAUUCUAUUGCAAUACAUGUCAGGAACUGGCUUGUAUGACCUGUGUAGUUCUAGAUCAUCCGAAACCAGAACACGACUGUCAACCUACUGGUGUAGUGGCGGAGCAGCAUAAAGAACAAUUGAAGAUAACUUCCGCCAUCUUGCGGAUGAAAUCUAACGAAAGUCAGAGUGCUUUACAGAAAAUAAAACACGCUUCUCAAAAUUUACAAACCAACACCAAAAAAGCUAAAGAUGCCAUUUUGCAACAGGAAAAAGAAAUCUUGGAAGAAUUUACCAAAAAGCUAAAACGCAACACGGCAAUCUUGAUUGUCGAAGUGGAAGGAAAGCACAACGAGAUGAACCGAAAAAUUGUGAAACAACACGACGAGAUGAAAGCCUACAUCGAGAAAGUAAAUGGAUCACUGGAGUUUGCACAGAAUGUCAUCGAAAAAGGAAGCAAUGAAGAAAUCCUUUCGCUUGGAAAUGCAAUCGAGGUGAACGCCAUCAGUAUCGAGAAGAAAUGUCCAAAGGUUAUGCUGCCAGUUCAUUAUGGAUAUUUUAAAUACCUGCAGCAAAAAUCAAGCAGGGACGUCGUUGAUAAUUAUGUAGACCUGAACGAUUUGGGGAAAAUUGGUAAGUUUGCUUUAUCUUUUGACUAUACAUCUUAAGACACGUAUGUAUCGAUGAUGACACUGACGAUUUGCAUGGAAAAAUUAUGAAAUUAUGUCAUAGAAAUCCUGUAUACUUUAAUACUGUGAAAAUGUUUAGCCUACUAUAGUGACGUCAUCUCAUUUACACAUUAACUUAAUUAUUAUUCAACUUAAUGAAGCCAGUUGUCUUUUUAACGAGCGUUGACCACCACGGUUUAUAAAAAGAAAGUCGUGCUGAUUCCCUUCAGCUUAAUUAUUCAUUGAUCAAUACAUAGUUAAGCUAAUAACAAGAUAUUUACAUGUCAGACUACACUGGAAGAAAUCGAAAUUCAGCAUGCUAUAGAAUCAUAUUUGUAUCACUAUAUCCAACGUAUAUCCACAUUAUUUCUAUACUAUAUCCAUAUUCUGGAAAUUGCAAUUAGUAUGAAAAUUGGAUUUCCACAAUAUUGUUCCAACUAUAAGGUGAUAGAAUCUUUAAAUCUUUAAAAAUUAUUUUAUUAUUUUAGUUGAACCUUCUGUACAAAUACAAUCACUACUUGUAUGUUCAAAUAUCAUGGAUGGUAACAUUAAGCUUGCGAAGCAACUUGCAGACUGGGUGGAUAAGAAGUUUAGUGGGCAACUUUGUUAUCGAGCUUCACGUGAUGGUUGGAAAGGAGAGGAUUUUCGUAAAAAGUGUGAUGAUGUAGGACCUACAGUGACCUUGGUCAAAUGUGGAACCAAUGUCUUUGGUGGCUAUACUGAUAGAAGCUGGAAAGUGGACGUUGACGACGAAUGCGAAAGUACAAUUUGUUUUAUUCCGACAACAGGGAGUACGUGAAUAUAUAGGCAACGCAUUAAAUUGCUAUAUUUCUAUAAAUAUUGGGUAAUAAUGUUAAUCAAUGGGGACUAAUCCAUGUGAAAUGGGUAAACCUAGCUAUAGUAAGCUUAGCUUUUUUUUCUAAACAUGGGCGAAACACGGGUUUAUCACAACUCUUUCCGCUAAAGAUGUUUUCUUUCCUGGAAAUUUAAGGCGUGGGAGUAAAUAGUGCCGACGCAUGACACAUGAAGGAUUGACGGACCACAGCUCGCCUUUACCUGUUACUGAAUACUAGCUUUAAGAUGUUUCAAAACUGGUAUAAGUGUUUAAAGCGUGUUCCAUAAUUGUUGCUAAAAAGCUAUGGUAUAUGGAAAUCCAAUAUAAAUGUAAAAAAAUGAAAUAAAGAAUAGUAAAUUUGAUGCAGAAAAUAAAAAUAUUUACUUGUUUAACAUUCGACACGUAAUUCUAUCAUUGUGACUUUCUUAUUAUUUUUGUGCAGAUCAGUUGAAAUUUUCGGCGCUAAUAUCUUUUUCUAUGAGUUUUCCUUUUUGCACAUUUCAAUUUCUAUGAUUUUUUUGAACCCAAAAUGUUUAUGAAAUUCCCGAGUUCUCCUCGAUUCGUCUUUUACAGGCGAGUAUCAACAUAAUUCCCAUUUUUCUUUCAGGGAUUGUCAGAAUCAAACACUCCGAACAAUCUUUUUUAUUUUCUCUUCGAAAUAAAGACAAUUUAUCGCCUUUCAAAUGUCCAAUUUAUGAUUACCACGAUGAGCAAGCAAUCUUUUGUUGUAAAGAUUGGGGAGCAACCUUUGGUGACUAUUCUUAUGGUGAUUUGCACAUCAGUGACGAAGCCAACACAAACCAACAUUCAUUCAGCAACCUUGGUCGAAUAUACCAACAACCUCCAGGAUACCAAUAUGGCACUCCACAAACCAAAGCUCUACUGGCGGGCAGCGAAAACUUCACACCAACAGAGAUUGAAGUUUUUCGCGGUUAAACAGAGGUAAACUUAAACAACCUUGUUUUUUCCAGUUGUUUGUGGUGUUGGAACGCAAAUUAGAAAGCAUGGAUACGAGCUGAGGUUGAAAUUUUGAAAAUACUCAGUCAUGUCACAUGUGAAAUGAUACAAACUUAUUUCAAAAACGGUCACCGUCAAGUACAAAAGUUGUUUUUAGUUUAAUGAUCUCUCUGACUUCACAUUUGUACAGCAAUUCAUCAUCGAAGCCCAUGCAUAAUAGCCAGGUUUCUAAAGAAGCAAACUUCCAAUCCCUAUAUAAAUACCUAACCUAUAGUUAAAAGAUAUAUAUAGUUAAAUCUCCACUAUAAUCUUUAGGGUAAAAACCUACCUAAAAUGAUCAUGUUUUGUGAUUGGUUUUUAGAAACAAAUCAGAAACAAAAAUGUCCAGAAAGAAUCUUCAACUAAUAAUUGUAAAGCGGAUCCUAAAUGUGAUCCUCAAAUCCAAAAACAUCAUCGCUAGUUAGUUCCGUUUUCUGUUAUGAAACAUCACUGGAAUAAAGUCAUAUUUUACGUGUUUAUUCCCACUGCAUGUACGUCGUUUAACUUUCUACGACAGCUCGAUUUGGCAGUUUUCGCGCGCAUGAAACAACUCGCUGCAACUCGGGAUAACCGCUUACUUAAAGGGGGAUUUCCAGUCCUCGCACGAAAC